AUGCCGCCACUUCCGCCUGUGGCCGAUACGCUCGUUCACAAAAGGCUUUCUCUUGCCCACAAGCUUGCUUUGCUUGCUAUAUUCUGUCUUGCCCGGUUCUUAGAUUCCUUCAGUACCACAGCUCUUUUUGAUGCGAUCCUGAAACUGUCUAACCUUGGUGCCCUCUCACUGUGUGCCGGAUUUAUCGAUACCAAAAUUCCGUUGAUCAUUCUCAGAGCGCUCACUGGAAUAGUUUCUUCAACGACGAUUACCUCUGCCCUUGCACUCCUCGUCAAGGUAUUUCCCGAUCCGCUCGAACAAGCUUGGGCAAUAGGCAUAUUUGUAGGCUGUGGUGCGAUCGCUGCCGUUAGUGGUCUCAUGCUUGGUGCAAUGUUUGUCCAAUGGGUAUCUUUCCACUGGGUCUUCUGGUUUGUAGCCUGCGCGGCUUUUCCGGUGGCUCUAGUUUGUAUUUUUAUUAUACCGUCACACAUUGCAGAGACUGCAGAGACUGAAGGCGCAAAAUGGAAAUCACUGGAUUUAGUCGGCGUAGUUGCCUUCAUCUUAUUCAUCUUCACUGUGACAUCCGGUUCAACUGAGGGUUGGAAAUCCCCAAUGGUGUUGGUCCUCCUGAUCGUACCAACUUUACCGGUGGCUGGGUUUUUCUACUGGGAAACACUCUUGCCUGUGGGAACAGCUGCAAUACCACCCCGGACGUGGUUUUAUAAAAACUUCUCCGUUCUGUUCGCCGUUGCACUCUUGCCAUACUUCUGGUGGAACACGAUGAUGACGAUGUUUAGCACCAUGUGGCAAAAUGUGUUUAACUGGUCGGUAAUAUCGACGGCCGUAUAUAUUUUUUUCACCGGAUCACUUUCUCGCAUCUUCAGUCCGAAGUGGCUUAUUCUCACCGGUCUGUCACUGUGCAUGGUCGCUACUCCUGAGAAUUAUUGGCCGUAUGUGUUCCCAUCUUUUUCACUGGGAACCGCAGGAAGCAUGUUCACGUUCGGACUUACGAUCGCCUCGAUAGAAGCAUCCGUGGAGGCUACCCAUGGGGGUUUGCAUGAGUACAACGGACGAGCGGCCACAUGUUGGUUCAUCCUUGGAUUCAAUUCAUUUCGAUUAUGGACAACAAACCCCGACCAAAAUACGACAACUCUGAUCUUGCACUACAUAGUACUGAAUUCGACAAAAAAAAUUAGCAAUGCGCACGUAAACUACUGUAAAAGUUUGACAAAACAGCCAACCUAG